AUGUUAGCAAAUAAAGUUUACAAUCUGAACAACCAUGUUCAGAUAUUUGAAGAGCAACUGGACUUUUGGAAUGAUUCCCUACAGAAGCUAGCAUCGCCUCAGGAGAUCAUUAAAUGGGCCUUGAUCACUUUCCCUAAUUUGUACCAGACUACGGCUUUUGGAUUGACUGGCUUAGCAACAAUUGAUAUGAUAUCGAAGUUGGCUGAAUCUAGUCCAAAUAUUAGCAUGGUGCCAUUAUUAUUUAUCGAUACACUACAUCACUUCCCACAAACAUUAACUCUACUAGAUAAAGUACAAGAUAGGUAUUACACAAAAUACAAUCAACAAAUUCAUGUUUUUAAACCACAAGGCUGCCAGUCAGAGAAGGACUUCUCAGCAGCAUAUGGUGAUUUCUUAUGGGAGACAGAUGAUAUCAAAUACGAUUUUUUGGCUAAAGUAGAACCUGUCUCUAGAGCGUAUAAAACGUUGAAUAUAACUGCAGUGUUUACAGGAAGAAGGAGGUCUCAAGGGAGUUCACGUUCUGAUUUGAAGUUUUUGGAAAUCGAUGAAAUUAACGGGAUUAUUAAAAUAAAUCCCUUCAUGAAUUGGUCAUUUCCACAAGUAAAACAGUAUAUCGACGAUAACAACGUACCAUAUAACGAAUUAUUGGAUCUUGGAUAUAAAUCAAUUGGAGAUUACCAUUCCACUGUACCUGUAGAAGAAGGAGAAGAUGAAAGAUCCGGUAGAUGGAAAGGAAAAGCUAAAACAGAAUGUGGAAUUCACGAAACUAGUAAGUUUGCCCAAUAUUUAAAAGACAAAGAAACUGCUGUUAAAUAA